UUAUGGUGUGAGCUGAUUGGCCAAGAAGAAGCUAGGCUAUGUAGUACAUGGUGACGUUGCCCUGUUGUCCGCCUACAUAAAUACGGCGACUUAUCUCCUCAAAAGCUCGUACCUCACUGUUAACAAUUCUAAACGUCAUUAAAGUACUGCUGCUCACCUCACACACAGGGAUGCCUGGAUCUGCCUCAAUCAACUGCUUGGGACCAUGGCCCAAAGACGUGGGUAUUAUUGCCAUGGAACUGUACUUCCCAUCCCAGUAUGUGGAGCAGGCUGAACUGGAACAGUUUGAUGGCGUUCCCGCUGGGAAAUACACGGUGGGAUUGGGUCAAGCCCGCAUGGGCUUCUGUUCAGACCGUGAGGAUAUAAACUCGCUGUGCCUGACCGUGGUCCAAAGACUGAUUGAGAGGAGCGGCCUGUCCUAUGACAGCAUCGGCCGUUUGGAAGUUGGCACUGAGAGCAUCAUUGACAAAUCCAAAUCAGUGAAGACGGUCCUCAUGCAGUUGUUUGAGGACUCUGGUAACACCAAUGUGGAGGGUAUUGACACCACAAAUGCCUGUUAUGGUGGGACGGCGGCACUCUUCAAUGCUGUCAACUGGGUGGAGUCCAGCUCUUGGGAUGGCCGCUAUGCCUUGGUUGUAGCCGGGGACAUUGCUGUUUAUGCCUCAGGAAGUGCCAGACCUACAGGGGGUGCUGGUGCUGUAGCGAUGCUGGUUGGGCCUAAUGCUCCUUUGGCCUUUGAACGAGGUCUGCGAGGAACACACAUGCAGCAUGCGUAUGACUUCUACAAACCGAACCUCAUGUCAGAGUAUCCUGUGGUGGAUGGCAAGCUGUCCAUUGAGUGCUACCUGAGUGCCUUGGACCGCUGUUACUCGGUGUACCGCAACAAGAUCCAUGCUCAGUGGCAAAGAGAGAGUGUGGAAAAGCGUUUCUCUUUGGAGGACUUUGGCUUUCUUGUCUUCCACUCACCAUACUGCAAGCUGGUGCAGAAGUCUUUGGCUCGGCUGAUGCUGAAUGACUUUCUGAGCCAUCCCAACCCCAACAUUGAGACGGGACCCUACAGUGGCCUUGAUGCCUUCAGAGAUGUGAAGCCAGAGGAGACCUACUUUGACCGGGAUGUUGAGAAGGCCUUUAUGAAGGCCAGUGCGGACCUGUUUGAAAGAAAGACCAAACUCUCCUUGCUCAUCUCCAACCAGAAUGGAAACAUGUAUACCCCCUCAGUCUACGGCUGCCUGGCAUCACUCAUUGCACAACACACAUCUUCACAGCUUGCAGGUCAGAGGAUUGGCGUCUUCUCCUAUGGAUCGGGAUGUGCAGCAACUUUAUAUUCUCUGAGGGUCUCACAAGAUCACACACCAGGUUCUGCUCUUGACAAACUUAUCUGUAGCAUGAGUGACCUAAAGAUCCGACUGGAGUCAAGGAAGAAGGUUUCACCUGCUGUGUUCUCUGAAAACAUGAUGCUUAGAGAGGAGACCCACCACUUGGCCAGCUAUGUCCCUCGAGGCUGCGUGGAGGAUCUGUUUCCUGGAACCUGGUACUUGACGCGGGUGGAUGACAAACACCGCAGAGAAUACGCCAGAAGACCUUUAGACAAUGACCUUCCUUCAGAGCAUGAGCGUGUUCGCUGCAGCACCGCCCUGGAGCACAUCUCAAGCCCUGCCAAGAAGAUCCCGCACAUCCCUGUGGCCAACUCUGACACUGCCAUCGGGAAGUGACAGCACGCAGCCCUUCUUCUUCCAGGUAUACACAUCCAGUCCUUUGGAAACAUACUAGGGCUCAUUUGGAGCUUCAGGACAGCCUUUAGAAACUGCUGAUGCACGUGUAACCGGUCCGCCAUCCCUCAGUCAAGUAUCAAUCAUUGUUCAUCAUCAUCGUUAGGAAGACUUGGGGCUAUCUACCAUAGCAAUACAAGCCUUCAAACAGAAAGGGGAAAAAAACGGAAGAAAUUAGGCUUAGAGAAGGACCUUUUCUGUGUUUGACGACUCAGCAGGUUACGGAAAUCGACUGCAGUUGUCAAACAAAUGUGUGUAAAAACAGGGUGUGGAGCGAUCAUCCACCCAUCGUCUACUUGAACACUGCUGAACCUGUGAGGACACGGGGAGCUGGCGGAUAUCCCAGCAGCUCUGAGGAGACAGUUUGAAGUCACUCGUUCACCAAGCAGUACAUUCAGAAGUUGUUUGAAUGACUUCACUUAAAAACAAAAAAAAACAAAACAAAAAAAGAUAUUAGAUCUCACUUACAUUGUGGGAAGUGAAAGUUGCUGAAACACAAGUCCUAUAAAAUCCUUGUUAUGACAGUAUCUGUCUGCAGUAGCUGUGCUUUACGCUUCUUUGUCCUGUUUGACACUGACAGUAAGUAGCAGCCAUCACUGAUUGCAUGGACACGUCUCAUAAUCGUUGGUAGGGGUGGACCGCUACACCAGCAUCACGUAUGCUUUCAUCUUGGGUACAGUAAGGGAACAAAAUGCAAAACAUCAAACUGCUUUAAUGAUUUAAAAAUGAAGUGGCAGGUCCAAUAAAUACAUUUCUCAAAAAUAUACGGUCGUCCCUCGCCAGUUUGCGCUCCAAAUUUUGCGCCUUUGCUGUAUCACGGUUUUUACCUUUUUACAAGAUACAUUCGUACAUCAUAAUGUUUUGCCAAAAAAAGUUAGUCAAAGAUAUGCAUAUUUAAGCAAAUUUAACAGAUUUUUUUUUUUGCCUAAAUGAAGCAUUUUCAAGCAUAUAAAUGGCUAAAUUAAAUAAAAUACAAAUAUAAGGCAUUCAGGAAAUGCAUUCAAUGACGUCAUAUGUAGUGUUCUACACUGGUCACUAGAUGUCAGUAAUGGUGGGUGAGACACACAAGCACCAGGCUUUUAUUGCUGGUUUGAAUUACCGCACAACAGGCACAUAAAUAAUGACAAUAAUAAUAACUAUAAUACAGUAAAUAUAAUAGGGCCUUCGCACCCGCUGAGUUUUUGUGCUCGGGGCCCUAAAAGCACAGGCUACUAUUGUGGCCGGGCUACUUCCUGUCAGCCACCAUUUCACCUCCCCGCGCAACACACGCGAGCGUGAGUUUUAUUCAUGUAUUAGAUUAAAAUACAAAACCUUAUUUUAAAAUGUAAAAUUUUAUCUUCUGUUAUUGUAUCUGCUAUAUUGGGCAAUGCGAGUGCAAAGUCGACUAUAGGGAUGUUAUUUCACAUGUGGAAGGCUCUAAUGUUAAAAAACGUAUUUAGAAGUUCAAACGGGUUUUAUGUGCUCAAAAUAUUGCAUUUAUAAAAAAGCAAUCCUUCGCGAAAAUUCACUUAUCCACCUCAAUAAAGGCAAGGGAGUACUGUAGUAUACAGUUUAAAAAAAAGAGAGAGAAGAGAUUUCAUGUACCGUUCCACCAUUAUUAGCAGUGAGAGACUCACGGUGUUAGAAAAGAGAGUUUUGUCGUGUCCUAGCAGUUUGUUUCAUUCACUUUUCUUCCCUUACUGUGUCUCUCCAGUUGUUUUGUGGAAUAAAUAGACCUCAGGAAAAAGCACGGCAAAGAUAAGUCUUAAACUUUAGUGUUGUUUUUGGAUGAUUCUUAUUUAGCCUGCUUGAAUUUCAUUCUAAGAAGCCUUACGAUAAAGAUCCUUUUAAUGAUAAAAUAUACUUUUUCUGGAUGUGCUGUCAGUGUUUGCGUCUCUGCAUGAAACGCAGUGUGGCUGUGGUUUGCUGGUGUGACUUCACACAAUCUUAGCAAUGUAAAUGUACAGUAUAAGCUGUAAAAUUAUUUAUGCUCUGUAGAUAGGAGUGUGGGGAUGAUUCAGCAGAUUUAUUUCAUCCCUAAUUUGUGUCAAGCAGAACGAAUGAAUACAUUUAUAGUCAACAUUUUGUUGUGUCAUUUUUUUUGCUAAUAGAAGCUGUGCUCCUAACUCCUUUGACAUCAUGAAGCAGCUCAUCCUUUUACCAUUCUGGGCUGCUUGCUCCCUCACCUUUCCCACAAUCAUCCAGUCUUAUGCAGGUCUGCAUAAGACAACCUCUUUCAAAAGUGGUUCACUUUUUAAUAAGAUAAGUAGUAGGAAGUAGGAAGUAGGAAGCACCAAGUAGGAUUCCUUAUUUAUAAAUGGAAUAUUUUCAUUGUUAGAGCAUAGAAAACCUGUUUGCCAGGUUCUAAAUACGCUUUUGCACAUUAGAGCCCUCUACACAUGAAAUAACACCCCUAUAGUCACCAGAUCAUUUUUUUUUUUACUAAUAGGUGCUAAUUUAUUGAUCUUAUUUUUGAUAAGUGUACAGUGAAGCCGCAAAAAUGCAAAGUGGCGAGGGAUGACUGUAUUCUCAGACUGGUACGAGAACCACUGGUGGUAUUCAUGCUCCAUCUCAUAGUACACAGGAACAUCUGAUUUCUUCUCAUUAAAAACAUAUAAUUGAUAUUACAGAUAUGCAUAUGAAAUAAUUGUACAAAUGGCAAUGUAUUAUCCAAAGACCAGCUGAAAUUGACUUCAAUUUUCCUUUGCUGAAAUGAAUCUUUAAUAUCUAGCCGGGCAUAAAAUGAAAUGAAACAGGUAACUUCUGUUAUUUCGUCCCAUUGCAGGACAAAUAAAGGCAAAUUCUUUUGCAAAUAAAUAGAACACUCUCUGUUGUUUAACUCAUCACAAUCCAAUAAAUUCUACAUAUAACAUGAUUGUUAAUAGGAUGGCUAACAUUCCUAAUUUAAAAUAGAUUCUGCAGGUGAGUCACUCCUUUAACGUCUGAAAAAGAGACAAAUCCAUACUAUGGAAUUGGUUCCUGAGUGUGUGAAUUUGAACAGUGGAAGUCAGGGGUGUCGAAAGUGCUCACUGGGGGCCAUUUGUAGCCCUCGGCUGUUUUUUUUUUUUUGUUUUGUUUUUUUUUAUUGGCCAAUGGCACAUUCUAAAAAUACAAUGAAACAAGAAAACAGCAAAAAUGAAGAACAAAAGAUGUUCUCAGUAGGACUCAGUAAUGAGUAGCUCCACCGUUCUUGUUAAUCACUUCAAAAACUGGUUUGGGCAUGCUUGAUGCGAGUGUUUCCAGGAGGCGAGUGGGAACAUUGCUCCAAGUGGUGAAGAUGGCUUCACCAAGGGCAUCAACUGUCUGGAACUGAUGGCCAUUUUUAUAAACUUCCCUUGCCAUCCAUCCCCAAAUGUUCUCUAUGGGAUUUAAAUGAGGGGAACAAGCAGGAUGGUCCAAAAGAGUGAUGUUAUUCUCCCUGAAGAAGUCCUUGGUCAAGCGAGCAUUGUGAACUGCAGCGUUGUCCUGUUGAAGAACCCAGCUGUUACCACACAGACCAGGGCCCUCAGUCAUGAGGGAUGCCCGCUGCAACAUCUGCACGUAAGCAUCCGCCGUUUGACGACCCUGCACCACCUGAAGCUCCAGUGUUCCACUGAAUGAAAAAGCACCCCAGAUGAUGUGGCCUGUGGUCUUAAACUUUUGAUCAGCUGAUAAACAGCCUAUUUCAGUUUAAAUGUGGUUUUCAAUAAAUUACUUUUUCAAAAUGCUUUUUUGUCUCACUCCCCCUUCUUGUUUUUAGAUAUUGUAGCUCUACUUAAAACCUCAUUAAGAUCCAAAUGUGCAAAAUGCAAAUUCUAGCAAUUUUUCAAC